AUGGACUACGAGGAGUUGGCGACGAUGGUGGAGGAGCAAAAUCAAUCGGAGCGUAAGGAAAGCGGUAAACGAGGUCGCAAACCAGGUCGUAAGGUAUCCACUGAGAAGAUCGACAUGAAGGCUAAACUCGAACGCAGCCGGCAAAGUGCUCGUGAGUGUCGUGCCCGUAAGAAGCUUCGCUACCAAUACCUGGAGGAGCUGGUGACCGAUCGCGAGAAGGCCGUGGUUGAGUUGCGCCACGAGUUGGAGAAGCUGUACAAUUGGGCGAUGGAAGUUGAGGCCGGCCGUUGCCCGGACGGUUUGCAGGAACUGCUCGAAGAGAUGGGCGCCAUGAAGCAGGAGUAA